AUGGAGAAAUAUUCAAGAUCCAGUUCUAGUAGAGAAGGUGUGGGGCAGCCAAGGAGCAUGAAUGGUCUGAGGAGUUUUAGUGCCUCUGUAACACCAGCUCCAAGAUUUGAUGAUCCCAACAACAAUUCCAAAUUCAAGAAAAGCAAAACCACCAAAAUUGAUUGGAAUUUUGGUGUGGAUAAUCCUGAGCUGCAGAGGAAGAAGAGGGUUGCUUUCUACAAAGCUUACACUGUUGAGGGGAAGAUGAAGGGCUCUGUGAGGAAGAGCUUUAGAUGGAUCAAAGAUUCUUGCAAUCAACUUGUUCAUGGAAUUUGGUGA